GGGUCACGUGGCACAGCCGACGCCGACGUGGCCUUCAGCGGACACUCCACGUGUCCCUCGCCGCGCCCCGUCCGCUCGCCCCUGCCCUGAGGAUCUUAGUCCAACAUGGCGGCGCCCAGCGGAGGGUGGAACGGCGUCGGCGCGAGCUUGUGGGCCGCGCUGCUCCUAGGGGCCGUGGCGCUGAGGCCGGCGGAGGCGGUGUCCGAGCCCACGACGGUGGCGUUUGACGUGCGGCCCGGCGGCGUAGUGCACUCCUUCUCCCAUAACGUGGGCCCGGGGGACAAAUAUACGUGUAUGUUCACUUACGCCUCUCAAGGAGGGACCAAUGAGCAAUGGCAGAUGAGUCUGGGGACCAGCGAAGACCACCGGCACUUCACCUGCACCAUCUGGAGGCCCCAGGGGAAGUCCUAUCUGUACUUCACACAGUUCAAGGCGGAGGUGCGGGGCGCUGAGAUCGAGUACGCCAUGGCCUACCACAGGGUUCCAUCGGGACUUCGUGAGAAAAUCAGAAUCCAUGUACGUUCUUGAAGAUCUCUCGGCCUAAGAUAAGCGGAGAAGGUUGCCUUGGAAGCGUGGGGUAGAGGUAGGAACAGCUGGCUCUCUGGCCAAGGCCUUUGGCUUUUUUGCGGAAGCAAAAACCGAACCACGGGAAGGCUGCUCCGAGUCUGGGGUCAGAAUUUCCUAUCAGUGAGUGCAGCAGGCCAGGGAGAGGCGAAAGGGAGUGGAGAGGACUGUGGCGAAAGGGAGAGGGGCGGCCCCUGCACAGCUUCACCAGGCGUCAGUGCAGGCUCAGAUGGCCCAAUUGGCGAGUUUUCAAGAGAAACUCCAAAUCCAGACGGGUGUGUGUGAUCUCUUGGUUUUAAAUGCAGGCAAAUUCCAAAUGUCUCAAAUACUGGAUGGAGCCGGCUAGACCUACCUUCUCACCAAGUAAGGCCCACAGGCCCCUGCCGCAACCUCUACCCUCCACAGACAAGGUUCUGCAAAACAGUCAUGGGACCUCGUUUCACCUCCCCCCACAGGCACCCAAAAUAACCUUCCUGACCUGCAGCACCAUUUUGCAACCUUUGAGAACCCAUGCCCCCUGCUGACAAACAAAAAUGGCAAAUAGACUCCCCCACACCACGCCUCCACGCCCCGAGCUGAGAAUCACCGCAUCUCGUGGGUGGUACCACAGCCAAGACGACAGCCGAGCUUUGCUUUCUCGGGUCUGUCUUAUAAAAGCAACAUCGUUGGCUGGUUGGUUGCUGAUUGUCCAAACAUGAAAUCACAAUAUUACAAUGUGCACACUUUUUGAGGCCGAGAUAGGUAGGUCGCUUGAGCCCAGGAGUUCGAGACCAUCCUGGGCAACAUGGUGAGACCUUCUGUCUACAAAAAAU